GAGCCCGCGCCUCGCCUGCGCCCUCCCGCCCCGCCGGCAGUCCUGGCCAGGGCUGGGCGGCGUCCCCGGAGGUUCCUGGGCCACGGCCGGUCUGUCCGAGCCGCACUGAGACCCGGUCGGCAGCGGCGCGGAGAGGUGGCGGCAGCGGCGGCGGCGGCUGGCCGGGAGGCCGGAGCCGGGACAGCGACCCGCCAUGGAGACCCGCUACAACCUGAAGAGUCCGGCUGUUAAACGUUUAAUGAAAGAAGCAGCAGAAUUGAAAGAUCCAACAGAUCAUUAUCAUGCACAGCCUUUAGAGGAUAACCUUUUUGAAUGGCACUUCACAGUUAGAGGGCCCCCAGAUUCAGAUUUUGAUGGAGGAGUUUAUCAUGGACGAAUAGUACUGCCACCAGAGUAUCCCAUGAAACCACCAAGCAUUAUUCUGCUAACGGCUAAUGGACGAUUUGAAGUAGGCAAGAAAAUCUGUUUGAGCAUCUCGGGACAUCAUCCUGAAACUUGGCAGCCUUCAUGGAGUAUAAGAACAGCAUUAUUAGCCAUCAUUGGGUUUAUGCCAACAAAAGGAGAGGGAGCCAUAGGUUCUCUAGAUUACACACCUGAGGAAAGAAGAGCCCUUGCGAAAAAAUCACAAGAUUUCUGUUGUGAGGGAUGUGGCUUUGCCAUGAAGGACGUCCUGUUGCCUUUAAAAUCUGGAAGCGAUUCAAGUCAGGCUGACCAAGAAGCCAAGGAACUGGCUAGACAAAUCAGUUUUAAGGCAGAAGUCAAUUCAUCUGGAAAGACUAUCGCUGAGUCGGACUUAAACCACUCUUUUUCACUAAAUGAUUUACAGGAUGAUAUACCUACAACAUUCCAGGGUGCUACAGCAAGUACAUCGUGUGGAGUCCAGAACACCUUAGCAGCGUCCCUUCAACAACCUGCCCAACCUGUAGCUGAGGAUACCUCCAUGAGCCCUCGACAGCGCCGGGCCCAGCAGCAGGGUCAGAGAAGGUCGUCUACUUCACCAGCUGUGACCCAGGGCCGGCCGCCAAGAGACCACCACACUGAUCAUGGCGGAUCCGCUGUACUGAUUGUCAUCUUGACUUUGGCAUUGGCAGCUCUUAUAUUCCGACGAAUAUAUCUGGCCAAUGAGUACAUAUUUGACUUUGAGUUAUAAUAUUGUUUUGUGUCUUAAGAGCUGUGACUCAGCUACUUCAUUAAACAUUCUGCAUUGGGUAUAAUCUAAGAAUUGUUUACAAAAAGAUUAUUUUGUAUUUACCCUUCAUUCCUUUUUUGAUCCUUAUAAUUCAGUAUAAAUAUAGCUAGACAUUCAGACUGUGUCCUGCUUAGUAUAAGGGGCUGGAAGUCAAAGUCCCUUGUCUCUCUGUGUGACCUGCUUUACAGGGAAAUAACUUAUUGUUGUUUCUCAUGCCUCAGCUUCUCUUUAUGGAAAUUUGUGAUACUUUUCUGUAUAGCCCUUUAAAAUUUUUGGAUAAAAAAUGGUAUUUUAAGUUCCGAUGAGUAUUACUAGUUACUCAGUACCAUUUAUUGAGUACUCUGUUUCUACUUAAUGUAGAAUGAUAUAGGGAUAAGAGUUGAAAAAAAAGGGAAAAUAAAACCCCUCAAAUAGCUUGCUUAAAAUGUAUGCAUAUGAGACAUACUGGAAUUGCCCAUUCUGUGACUGACUUUGUGUCCUAAACAUUCUUUGGUGAAAGUAAACUAUUUCGGUCAAACAUCUCUGAGGAAAUGAGAUUACAUCAUUAUUAUUGGAUGUUACUUGAAGAGGGAAUAAUGCUUUGUAACCACUUUGAUAUGCUGUUAUCCCUUUCUCUCCAGUUCUCACACAAGAUUUUAAAAGAAAGAAGGAAAACAACCCUCCAUAGAGCUUUGAUUUAAGGAAGGAAGGAUCCAAGCCAGGAAAUUGCUUGAUUUUCCUCCACAAGUUAAAUGGGAGGAUCUUAAGAUUUGAAUGUUUGCUGUACUUUGAAUUGUAUAUCUUUUGAGUUGUAUUAUAUGCCUAGCUUUAUAAUCACUAUAAAUUUAAUUAUUCCAGGAAUAUCAUAAUAUUGAAAUAUUUCAUGUACCAUUUUAAUACAAAAGCUCAGGGCCCAUGUAACAGUGAUAGAAAUUAGAACUGCCCACCUAAUCAAAGCCCAAGAGAUAAUUUUCGGCGCAAAAUCAAUAUAUCAAUAUAUAGCAAUAUAUUUAUUGAUAUAUUGAUCAAUAAAUCUGUAUAUAACUUAGUGCUAGCUAGCUCCACAGACUCUAGUAGAUAAUUUUAUCAUCAUAAAUAAUGCCUGGUGAGAACAUAUAAUCACAGAAAAACGUUACCUUCAGCAUGUUCAGGAGCAGCAUUGAGGGCACUCUUGAGAGUAUUGUUAAUGAAGAUUUAAUUUUUAAAUACAGGCAGUCCCCAGCUUUCAAAUAGGUUAUGCUCUAAAAGUGCAUUUGUAAGUUAAUUUUUUUUUUUUUUUUUUUAACGACUCAGUGUUGUAAAUCAUGUUUAGGUUCUAGACAAGGCCACAUUAGACAAGAUCCAUUAGUCCAUAAUGUAUCUUGAAUACUUUGGGGAAUGGUAUUUAUAAAGUCCUUAUGUAGCUUUGACUAACUGAAAUUAUGGGCAAGAUAGAAACAAUUUGUAAAAUGAUUUUAAAGGCAAAUUUAAUUUUUACUCCUUGUCUGAUAGGAUUUUGGUUCUAUGAACUAUCAGACACAAUUUGUUUUCAUCUUAUAGCCAGUUAUGUCUGCAUCUAAAGUAAGAACGUAUUGUAUACUAUUAUAUAAUACACAGUUUUCUUAAAUUUUAAUAAAUUAGCAUUUUUAAAGUGUUUACAGAUUGUUUCUCUUAUAUCUACAGCUGAAGUUGGUAAAGUCUAAAAGGCCCAAGGACUUUAUAAAGACCUCGCAUAUCAGGAAAAUUAUAGGUUACCAUUUUAUAACUUUAUUGCCAUGAGAAAAUACAUUCUGAAGUCUUGGUUUGGAAUGUAAGAUAUUAGAAAUAUUGGUUCAGUGGUCAGUGGUCUCCUAGCAAGAGGUCACUGACUCACGGGGGGAGGACCAGGUAAUGUUAUCACCUGAGAAGAAGGAAAUCCCCAUUCUCUCAGCCUAUCCUGAGGUUAAUCGUGUGCUAGGAACAAUCUUCCCUCCAUUUCCUCUCCGUCACUCUGAGCCAGCCUCGAUCUAUGUGAUCUUGUUGCAUGUUUCCAUGGAGUGUGUCUAUACUUUAAAACUGAUUAAGCCAAGAAGAUUUCACAUUUUGCAGAUCUUCCUCUAUCUGAGUUGCCUCUCUUCUUUCACCCAUCAACAGCCAGGCCAUCUCCUUCUUUGUUCCAGUUUUUUUUUUUUUUUUUUUUUUAACCACCUGAUACAUGUUAUCUGAAAGUGGCAUAUCUUUUGCUUCUUCCCUUUCAGCUCACUUUGCUACCUAAAGCUCCUUAAGUUGUCGAUCUGGCCCCCAUUGUGGAGUUAAUGAACAAAACUGGUCUUUGGAGCCAUUCUUACAUCCCAAUAAAGGGCCUCUUCAGAAAACUAUUAUUUUAAAGCCCCAAUUUAACCCCUUAUUUACAGCAUAAGGCCAAAACUGGAUGUGUGAUCAGGUAGGUAAAGGCUUAGGACUCCUUCCUCCAAUCCUCAGAUUUAGGUAACUCAUGGCUUUUCCUUUGACCAACAUAGCACAUAUCAAGGUAGUUAAAAUAGCAUGCUUGAAAAAAUAUAUAAUGUCUGUUUCACCUGUAACUGUUUAAACCAAUGAAACCUUUCAAAUUUUAUGUAUUGUGGGGCUUUUAUGUAGCACUUUAUAUUUUCAUGCUGCUUAUAGUUUUAUUCUACUGAAAUAAAUGAAUUUCAUCAAAAUUCUCAACUACUUUUUUUAAAAACCUUUAAAAAUUGUUUAUUAUUUUGACUAUGAAAACAUAAAAUUUCCUAUUUCAGGACAAUAAGAAAUCAUUUUGUUCUUUUUGGCUGUGAAUAAACUUUCUGGUACUUCGAGACCUCCCAUUUUUAUAGAGCAGAAUCAGUAAACAGGCAGACCUCACACAGUUGGACUUAGUUGUGCAGAAGCCUAGGCUGAAGUACUGAAAAGCCUAUAUUGUUUUAUUACUUGCAAAGAAGUAUAUGUAAGGUGAAUGCAUUUAGUGAACCUUAGUUUUAACAAAGAAUAAUGUGUACAUUAACGUGUACUCUGGGAAUUCCCUGGAGGUCCUGUGGUUAGGACUCUGCGCUUUCACUGCCCAGGGCCCGGGUUCAAUCCCUGGUCAGGGAACUAAGAUCCUGCAAGCCGUUCAGUGCAGCCAAAAAAAAAAGUGUACUCUUAACAGCCAUUGUGGGAGGCUAUAAUUGCUCCAAAGCUAUUUGGAAUUCCUCUUU